GUGUGCUCACCGAACCAACACAGUUGCCUGCUUCAGUCCACACAGUUCAGUCUCAUCGGGGGUGAGACACUGAAACUAUUCCAGUGACACAAUAAUUAGCAGCCCUUUGCUGCUCUAGAACACGAAUAUUUUGCAGGUAGCCUAAAGGAACCGUCAUAUCAAGGAAGACAUGGCUCGUUUUCUUUCUCGAUUUUCUUCUCUUCUCAACAAAGCAAUUGCACCUAGAAGAACGUUACCUGCUGUAAAGAACAGUUUUAAAAGGAUUAGACCGUUUUACACGAACUCCGGUCUGGGAUCACUUACGCGCUAUGAUGAGACAGCUGUCGCGAUUGAUUGGAAAAAGAAACUAACACCAGAGCAGUACUAUGUGACCAGAGAAAAGGGGACAGAGCUGCCUUUCAGCGGCAUCUACCUGAACAACACUGAAGCAGGACAUUACCACUGUGUGUGCUGUGAGGCACCUCUCUUCAGUUCAGAAACAAAGUACAACACUGGUACAGGAUGGCCUUCAUUUUACGAAGCCCAGGGCACGUGUGACGGAGAUGAAAGCAAUACCAACAUCCUCCGCCGGCCUGACAACUCCCUGGGCUCUGCUGGAACCGAGGUCCUUUGCCGACAGUGUGACGCCCACCUUGGCCAUGUCUUUGAUGAUGGACCAGAGCCUACAGGACAGAGAUUCUGCAUCAACAGUGUUGCGUUAACCUUCAAACCCACUUCAAAAUAAUUAUAAACUGAAAA